GAAAACAAUAUGGUUAUAGUUUCAAGUAUACCAAUCAUGAAUCUAUGGACAAAUCCAAAUGUGCAAUGUGUAUAGGAAAUUCUGUUCACAACCACAUUUGAAUAGGAUUCUCAAAGCGACAUGUAUUAGGGUUAGAGGCUUUUGUAAUCAGGUUAACAAAUACAUUUAAUCAAAAUGUAUAGCUUAAUAUUAUAUCUUAAAGAUGACUAAAUAAUCACAAUAAUAUUUCUUGCAAAGGAAAGAAGAAGAAGACUAAUGAUCGACAAAAAUGAAAUGAAAUCGCAAAGGAAGUAUUUUCAACAUGGACACAGGUCAGAUAAGGAAAUGUAAACGCGUUCCCAUUUCAAAAUGGGUUUGAGAGCAAAGGCUUGGUUGAAGAAGCGCCCCCAGUCAGAACAAUCUGGUAGCUCGAUCACGUGAACAAAUAUGCUUGUAUUUUAAGACAGUACCUUUAUUUGUCAUCAUAAAGGUUUCUGAAACACACAAAAACAACAACAACAACAACAAAUCCCAAUGUUAGCUUCAAAUCUGUGACUGUGUCUGAAAAACCUGUAUUUUUUCAAUAGGAGAUUGAUUGGCCGAGAUUUCUUUUGGGGUGGAAUAAGGAUACGUUUUUUUUAUUGGUAGUUGAAUGUGAGUCUUUCCAUUCUUUCGGGAAUACUGUCCGCAUUGGUAUAUGGAAAUGUCUGAAAAACCGCAAGAUCAGGUUUAGGACAAUAUUAUCUACAGACAAAGAGUGAAGGAUACAUUCUAGAGACUGCAGGGAAAGGAAUUGAGACUAAGAAGCACGAGCGUGUGAUACACUGAUUCACAGGUCAUGGUGGAUGGAAUGAUGAGCACGUGAAGAAAAACACAACACUGRUCUGCAUAAAAUACGGUCAAAGAAUACUGAGGCGGUGGGAAACUCCAAUCACGUGAUAGAAGAACACCCAUUCCAUUGGAUAGGGCUGCAUUGGCCUUCUUGUUUUGAAUCGUCACAAUGCAGAAAGCUACUUUCUACGAUAAUUCUGGAGUCUUUGGAAGCUACUCUUACCCCAAAUCCGAGUCGUAUAGUUAUGGCCCCAGUCACCAGCCCUACUCCACUUCUAACCUUGAGAGUGAUUAUCAGGGUCCAGUUUGUCCAAUACAAACCCCAACUGUACGGCCACCAACUCAUAAAGACAAUACCAUGAAUGGCAACAACACGAGAUCCAGUAACAGCCAAGGAAACAGCCAACAGCCGAGUAUUGGUGAACAGCCRCAUGCACCUCCACUGUCKGCCUCUUCGCCUAACUCCWGCAACACUUCAUCUCAGAAGAAGAAAUCUCCCUCAAACAAUGAUUCUAAUACUGCCACCCCAGUCACUAACAAACAAAUAUUCCCAUGGAUGAAGGAGACGCGAUCGAACGCCAAACCGAAAAGCAACAACAACAAUUGCGCAACCGCAGAAGGUGAGUCCUGCGAUGAAAAAAGCCCUCCUGGUCCAGCCUCCAAACGGGUCCGAACUGCYUACACCAGUGCACAACUUGUAGAACUUGAGAAGGAGUUCCAUUUCAACCGGUACCUGUGUCGUCCCCGAAGAGUGGAGAUGGCUAAUUUAUUGAAUCUCACUGAGCGCCAAAUAAAGAUCUGGUUUCAAAACAGAAGGAUGAARUACAAAAAGGAUCAGAAGGCUAAGGGGAUAAUGCACUCUCCSAUCGGACACUCCCCGGACAGAAGCCCACCAUUAAGUGGCCCAAAUCACAUCGGAUAUUCUGUCAAUAUAAACUGUAUCAGCUAUGACGCGCCGUCGCCCCCUUCAUUCUCCAAACCACAGCAAAACAUGUACGGCUUGGCAGCUUACACGGCACCAUUAGGUGGCUGUAUACCGCAACAGAAAAGGUAUCCGGGCUCUGAAUACGAGCACCACAGCAUGCAAGGCAAUGGUGGCUUUGCCAACGCUAAUUUGCAAGGCAGUCCGGUGUACGUUGGGGGAAAUUUCGUUGAUUCCAUGCCAGCCUCGGGUCCCAUGUUCAACCUCGGCCAUCUCCCCCAUCCCUCAUCCGCCAGCGUGGACUACAGCUGUGCCGCUCAGAUUCCAGGCAACCACCACCAUGGACCCUGUGACCCCCAUCCCACAUAUACAGACCUCAGCUCUCACCACGCGUCUCAGGGAAGGAUUCAGGAAGCGCCUAAACUAACGCAUUUGUAAAAUGUGAGGAUUUUGUCUGUGUGCCCAAAUUCUGUUAGGCUCUUUUAUUAUCUCCGUAGUCUCAAGUCAUUUAUAUGAUUACACUAAAAGUGAGCCAUGUAUUACACAGUGUUAUUAUUGAUAUUACUAUUAAUGCUAUUGUGUAAUAAUUCCUUUCUACGAAUAGCUCUGGUCCAUUUUUCUUGACUGUUGAGGAUGCGCAGGAGAGACCGUUUGUCUGUUGAGGAUGCGCAGGAGAGACCGUUUGUCUGUUGAGGAUGCGCAGGAGAGACCGUUUGUCUGUUGAGGAUGCGCAGGAGAGACCGUUUGUCUGUUGAGGAUGCGCAGGAGAGACCGUUUGUCUGUUGUUCGUUUUCUGAAGUGCAAAGCGCAGUAUGGGGACUGAAAACGUCAUUAACAUUACUUGAAGGUAAGUCCUGUAGAUCUGACAGUAGUUACCCAUCUUUAUAGGGAUGGUUUUUUAUAAAAAAUAAACUCUAAGGUGUCUGUUUGCUAUAUUUGAAGCGUCUUAUUUAUUUUUCCAAGAUUGUAUUGCAUUUAUCUAAUUUUCUGUAUGUAUUAUUUAAGGUUUUUGUAUCACACAUUAUUUAUAAUUUACAAGUAUGACUAUUUAUAUGGACAUCUAGAAUUUAUCCAACAUCGUUGGACAGACUUUGACAUCAUGGCCCUUCAAUAGGUACACGGGUUUUUGGUGWAUGCUUGUUUUAAAAUAUUGCUUCAACGGCUGGUGGUCUUAGGUUGUUGUAGAAGGAACUCCUACGUGUAAAUCUGGGAAUAUUGGGGAAUUUUUCACGUGUUUCUAUGAAAAACAAAGUUAGGCUACAUGUAGCCUAUCGAAAUUCCGAAUAUUACAGAAAUGAAUCACACCAGUAUGCCAUUUGUUGUCAUUGCCAAUUUUCAUAUCACGUCAUUGUCAUUUCAUCAGUUGGACUGUCCAUGCAUACAUUUAUGAAACGCUAAUGAUAUGAAAAUGUUAUAUUUUAAUGUGUUUAACAUUUUGUAAAUAAAGUGCUUAAAUUUACA